AUGAUCAAGAUCAUUCAGACGGAGUUUCAUGUGAUUGAGAAACUGCAAGACCAAGUGAAUGAUACAUCGAAAGCUUACCAUGUGCCUGGUUUUAAAGGACAGUUUGGCUUUAUUACUUCGAUGACUUGCGAGACGCGAUGCGCUAUAAUAUUGCCGACGAGGACAUUUGCGCUAUUAUCGAGCGUAGCAGUAAAACGCAAGAAGUUUGUGUUAGGAGGUCAUGGAGAUAUGUAUGGGUUGUCAAAGGCAAAGAACCGUCCAAUGAUUCUAAUCGGCGGAUAG